AUGUUGGCCAUAGACCUGGGGAAACUGGGGCUCUUGUUGUCCAGGCUAUUUGUGAUCCUGAUUUUGCAGCUUUCUCUUUCUGAGUAUCACAUGGAGAAGAGCCCUUGUCAUAUAGAAAGAGCCUACAGUCCCACAUACAGAAAAGAAGGGGACUUAGUCAUAGGGGGCUUCUUCUCCUUGUAUCUCAAGUUAGCCCAACUAAACGAUAAGGCUUUCUUCCAACGUCCUCCUGUCUGGACUGCUCCAAGCUCACAGGCAUUGCGCAAACAUUACCAACAUUUUCUUGUUCUCCAAUUUGCUGUGGAUGAGAUCAACAACAAUCCCCAUUUGCUGCCAAACAUAACCUUGGGUUAUCAUUUGCUCAAUAACUUCCACCAUGACAGACUAGCAGUGGAGAGCGCCUUGAUGUGGCUAUCAGGGAUGGGUCCAACUAUUCCAAACUAUAGCUGUGACAGUCAUCCCAAUUCAGUGGCUGUCAUUGGAGGGAUGUCGUCUACACUGUCCAUGUCCAUGGCCACCAUUCUCAAACUUUAUAAAGUUCCACAGGUCACCUAUGGCCUCUUUGAUCUUCUCCUGGCUGGUAAGGUCCAGUAUCCAUAUGUCUAUCAGAUAGGCAGCAAGGAAUCCACUCUUCACCUUGCAUUCAUCCAACUGAUGCUCCAUUUUGACUGGACUUGGGUGAGACUAGUUCUCUCAGAUAAUGUGAAAGGGGAAAAUUUCUUCAGUGAUCUGAAAGAGGAGAUGGACAGGAAUGGUCUGUGUGUGGCCUUUAAGGAAAGUGUGCCCCCAAACUUUAAAGGUGAUGAAGAUUAUAAACUCUCUUCUAGGAUCAUUGCAUCUUCAUCAAAUGUGAUUUUCAUCUAUGGAGAUACAGACUCCCUUCAAGAACUGGCUUUUGCAUUCAUCUCUUACGUACUUUAUGGGAAAAUGUUGGUGGCCACCACUGCUUGGGAUUUUUCUUUUGAUAGCAAUUUGGAAAUGCUUACCUAUUUUCAUGGUACAAUACUAUUUUCUCAUUCCCAGAUGGAGAUUCUUGGUUUCACAGAUUUUGUAAGAAGCCUGAAUCCCAGUGUGAACUCUGAGGACAUGUUCCUAAGGACUUUCUUUGAGUCAGUCUUUAAUUGCAGACUUUCAGAAAAAAGUCAUGUAGAAAUGUCAUAUACUAUGUGCCCAGAAGGUGUUUCCUUGACAGAUUUACCUUUUAUAAAUUUUGACAAGAUCAUUAUGGAACUGAGUUCAAAUGUUUACAAUGCAGUAUAUUUAGUGGCCCAUGCCCUCCAUCAAAUGCUCCAGUCUGAGGCAAAAGAGACAUCAGAUCUUGGAAGAAACCCAUAUCUUUCUUGGAAGCUUCACCACUUCCUGAAGUGCACCGGUCCUGUCAAUAGUGCCAGUGACAAGUCAUGUGGGGAAGGAUCCAGGGUGGCUGUUGAGACAUAUGAUAUCCUGAAUUUUAAAUACUUCUCUUUUCAAACUGAGACACUGGUGAAAGUGGGUGAAGUGACUCCUCAUGAUCAGGGAUUCAGCAUUAAUGAAGAAGACACGGAUUGGCCAGAAGAUUUCUCUCAGACUCCAACUUCCAUGUGCAGUCUAUACUGUGGCCCUGGAUUUAAGAAGACAAAACAUGAGAGCCAACCUAUCUGCUGUUUUGAUUGUACCCCAUGCCCUGAAGGGAAGAUUUCCAACCAGACAGAUGCAGAGGAGUGUUUGCAGUGCCCUGAAGAUGAGUACCCAAGCAGGGAAGAUCGAUGCCUCCCCAAGAUUGUGACCUUCCUGGCCUAUGAAGAACCCCUUGGAAUGACCCUGGCCUGUGCAGCCCUCUGCUUCUCGCUCCUCACUGCUCUGGUCCUUGGAGUCUUUAUGAAGCACAGAGACACCCCCAUAGUCAAAGCUAAUAACCGCAGUCUCAGCUACACUCUUCUGGUCUCCCUCAGUCUCUGCUUCCUCUGCUCCUUGCUCUUCAUUGGCCAUCCUAACACCACCACUUGCCUCUUGCAACAAACCACAUUUGCAGUUGUGUUCACAGUGGCCAUUGCCUCUAUCUUGGCCAAAAAUAUCACUGUGAUUCUUGCUUUUAGGGCCACAAAACCAGGAAGCAAGCUCAGGAGGUGGCUGGGCUCCACAACAUCUUAUUCUCUUAUUUUGAUCCAAAAGUGUCUCUGUGGAAUCUGGCUUGGGGCCUAUCCUGCAUUCCUGGAGAUGGACGUACAUGCUGAGCCUGGUUUCGUUAUCAUUCAGUGUAAUGAGGGCUCCAUCAUUACCUUCUACUGUGUCCUGGGCUAUAUGGCUUUGCUGGCCCUGGGGAGCUUUACCAUGGCUUUCUUGGCCAGGAAUCUGCCAGACACUUUCAAUGAAGCGAAGUUCCUGACAUUCAGCAUGCUUGUAUUCUGCAAUGUCUGGAUAUCCUUCCUGCCCGCAUAUCAGAGCACCAAAGGCAAGGCCAUGGUGGCCGUGGAGGUCUUCUCCAUCUUGGCCUCCAGUGCUGGGAUUCUCACUUGCAUCUUUGCUCCCAAGUGCUAUGUGAUCCUUCUGAGGCCAGACAGAAAUACCCUGGAGAUACUGAAAAUCAAAGCCAAUCUCUGA